GUUACAUUGCAGACGUCCUACUAUAACUCCACCGGACCUUCACUAGACUACCUCCUUUCAACAUGAAGUUUACUUUGCUUCCUGCCCUUCUUUCGACCUCUGUCCUUGGGCUCAACAUCGGCAGAGCCCAUGAUACUGCCAAAGUCACCUUUAUUGGCGCAGCUGAUGCCCAAUUCACCCAGGACUUCCCCACUGACGGGUCCAAUGUCAAGAUAACCAACCCCCUCAGUAUCUCGCACAUAUCUUGCAGCACCCAGGGUGCUGUCUGUACCUUUGAUGGCAUUGAUCACAGCGUGACUACUGUGACCGGCGUAGGUCAGGUUGACGUCGGUCCUCCGCAGACCCAGGUUCAGGGGUCUUGCCGGUUCGGAUCUGGAUCGACUCCCAGCAAACGCGGUCAAACACAGCCCACUGGGGGUCAGGUGCUCAUCACCUUCGUCGGUGCUGCAAACGCCCAGUUCCAGCAGCAGUUCCCAACCAACGGUGUCAGCACCAAAAUCAGUAAUCCCCUAAGCAUCUCCCACAUCUCGUCCACCACGGGUGGCGUUAAGUGCACCUUUAACGGCGUUGACAACAGCGUUACUACCAUCAAUGGUGCCCAGACGGUGGACGUUGGUCCCCCGCAGACCCAGAUCUCUGGCACAUGCCGUGCUGCUUGAGGCCAUUGCAAGUCAUUUUCUUCGUGCCUCUCCGGGGACUGAUGUGAAUGGAGGAGCGAUGU